CUCGGUAUCGUGCUACCCAGCAAUUCAACUUGGCGAAAUGACAACUACUUUCGAUUAGUGGAGCUUCAUCGUCGGGGUGGAAUCAACUUACCCACGUAAUUCUUACUCCAUUUAUACCUAGGCCCUCCUGGGGAAAUGUCCGGGCCCGCGCCACAUUUUAAGUUUGAUUUACGACUCCCCAGUAGCAACAACUGGAAGUCGCUUGUUUACAGCACGGAGUUAGUUAGGUACAAACAGUUUCUCUACAAAAACGAGCGUUCAGCUUUUAUACACACGAAGUACAAACAUAUCACUUCAUCUGGUGAACAAGAUGAAGCACAACCAACGUGUGUCAAACAGCCCAAGUUGGAAUCAGAGAUUAAUUCAGACACCGCACUUCCAAUAACUUGGACCCGUGAAGAUUUAAUUUUCACCAGCCAAUUACUCACUCUUUCUGAAAAGAACUUGGUGGCUCAUGCUUUAAUAGGGAAAAACCAAGAGCAGCUAAGGAGGGUUUACACAUUAGCAUUCGACAUUUUGCGCUUUAAGCCUAUACUGCAAGAAGCAUUAGAGGAUAUUGAGUUCUUUAAAACUUACCCACAGUUUGGUCUGUAUCCUUGGAAAGUAUGGGUAAUAGUUUUUGAUUUAUACAGAAGAGAUUUUUUACUAAGAGACACUAUGGAGUCUUCUUUGGAAGUGUUGUUUAAUAAAGAAAACUUGAGUGAAAUUGAAUUUGCACUCUGGAUCAAUAAAGUUCAACUGGCAGCUGCUAUAUCCCGAUUAAGAAUAAAGAACAGAGCUCACAUACUAGAAGACAUGCUACCGCCUCACUUGCAGAUCACGCACAAAAUUUCAAAUGGGCCGGUUAUCGGAGGGUGGAUAAAUACUUUUAAAAUUGAGAAAUCUGCUUUUUUCAAAUGUUUGGAAACAGAACUGAAGGAUGACAGUGACCAAGAUCCAAAUGACAAUUUCAUAAAAGACCAUAUCGUGCCAAGAUACAUUCACUGCUAUAACAAAAACAGAGAAAAUAUUUUAAAUCCCGACCUAGUUACAAAAAAACAUUUCAUAAUUCAAGAUAAAUCUCUGUGCCUUGGAGCUGUGAUGUUCUUAAAGGUAAUGGAGAAAUUAGAGCUAUGUGGCUCUGUGGCUCAGACGCACAUUAUAACUCCACCUUCAACUGCCUUUUUUGCUUCCAUGAUCGCCAACAAUCCAAAUAUCGAUCAGCUAUUAAUCUUUAGCACCGGACAAAAGAAAACUGAAUAUGAGAAAUAUUUCCAUGAUAUCGGGGCUUUCAAUGUGUCAAUUUUUUCAGAAGAAUUUGCGAGUAUAUCUCCAGAAAAUCGAGUAUUGCACAAUGUUAUUGCUGUGAUGGCAUGCCCGCCUAGUUCGAACACCUCUAUUACUAACCCGGUUGAUGUGGCUAUUUCAAGAGGGGGUGAUUUUACUGUGAUGUAUGCCCUGACUGAACAUUACAAGAAUGAAAAGAUCAAUGAAAACAUACUAAAUGUUCAAAGAAAUACGCUCCUUAAGGCAAUGUCUAUGCCACAAAUACAAGCUGUUUUGUAUGAAACGCAGUCGAGAUCACUCACUGAGAAUAAUGAAAUGGUUAGUGAUGCGGUGAAUGAAAUUAAUCAAUGGGCAGCUGACAAACACUACGAAGAAAAUCAAGGCCAACACAUUGAAAACGUCAACCCUCAAGAAGCACCAGAAACCGAUGAAUCGUCAGAACCCCAGAUUUCCGAAGAAAUCAUUGUACAGGUACCACUUUGUGAUCUUUAUGAAGUAUCAUGCCUACCCGACAUUUGUCCUGAUGAGGGGGAGUGUCUUCAGCUCGGCAGUGAAGGCAUCUACUUGGCCUUACUUAAAAGAAAGGAAGUGACACGUUUGGACCCGACAUAUAUGAUUAAUAUGGCAGAGGCAAGAGGACUCUUUGGAAGGCAGGGAGAUUCAACAAAUGUCAAAUUAACUAAGAAAAAGGCUGCCAGAGCGUUUUCAUUUUCUCUAAAGGAAACCAAACUGAGGCCAAAGGUGGAAAUCGACAAAUUAGCUGCUCCUACUUUUGAAUCGAAACAUAAGGAUAUAAAAGUUGAUCAGAAGCUACUAAUAUGUGAAAGGCACUACAACCAUUUUAACACAGAACCGUCGAGUCCUCCUCUAGCUAGAGUUUGGUGGAAAACUCUUCUCCUCCAUAUCAAAAAAUAUUUACAUUGUAAAAAUAAAUUCCCAAAACUUCAAUUAAAUCGGCCAAUAAAAGUGACAAAGCAGGUCCCAGUUAAAUUAACUUUUCCUACUAGAAUAACGACAAUCGACUUUUGUACAGCUAUGGAGUAUAUAGAAUAAUCAAAAAUGUAUAUAGUUUAUACUAUAUUUUUAUGAAAUGCAUAUUAGCUAUUUUCUUAAA